AUGCUCCUCAACCUUCUCGUGAAGUCGCGAAAACUUCGCAUGAUCCACGUGAAAUACUUAAGUGUGGGCAGAAAAAAUGACCCCCACCACCUCAUAAGAGACAAUAAUAAGAAUCCCUCGGGAGAAAAUGACCACUGUGUAAAUUACAACUUAAGUGAGGAGAAUACUGAAAUGUGGUCAAUUAAAUUAGGGGAAAAAGAAAAAAUAAGAAUAAAUGAAACGUCCAUUAAUGAAACGACCCCGAAUGAAAUGACCCCUAGUGAAAGGACCCCCAAUGAAACAACCCCGAAUGAAACGACCCCGAAUGAAACGACCCCUAGUGAAACUUCCCCGAAUGAAACCUCCUUUUUUUUACCAGGAAACAAGAUUAGUGCAAAUGAAUGGAGACACAAUUUUCAGCAUGACAAGGAAAAUUCAAGAAAAGGAAAAGAAACGACCAAUGUGUGUUUACAAAAUAAUGAAAACACUACCUUUGGAAGGAGAAAUAAGAAAUUAAGCAAAUUAAGGGAAUUCAAAAUAGCUACUCAUGGAGGAUGGAAACAUCGCCUUAGGAACGUUAUAAAUGUAGAAUUUACUGAUUCAGAUAUCACGACUAAUUACAAAACUGACAAAGGUGAAGGGAAAUAUGAAAACGUAGAGAAAAUAUAUGUCUCUAGAGGAGUAAAAGAAGAAAGGAAUGAUAUAAUUGUGUCCAAUGUGGAAAGAAUGAAGUCCGAGUGCAAAAAUGCAAAAGGGGAAUCAGUUGAAGGGAGUACAUAUACAUCUUACACAUAUUGUGAUAAUUCUAACACAUCAACUGCACCUCGUAGUAGCGAUAAAGAAUAUGCUUCACACAUGCUUUUAAACACUCUGUAUGAGCUUAUCGAAAGAAAAAUAGACAUAAAUGAAAAUACAGCAGAAGAACUAAACGAACAAAUGAAUAAUAUCAUCGAGGGAGAGAAGGAUCUGAAAAUGAUAUUUUUACUUUUACACACUAUGAACAGAUUAGUCUGCAUACAUAAAUAUGUUAAGAAGUUAUCUCCAAAGAUAUACAAAGUACAAGAUAGUGAAUUACUUUCUAUAAUAUUACGAAUAACUGUGAAUUCACAUUAUAAGGAUAAUGAAUUAUUUCACUUUAUUUUGACCAAGUUAAAAGAACACAUUAAAUUAGGUACGUGCACAACGCUAGCUAUAAGUAAUUCAUUAUACAGCUAUGCAAAUAUGUAUAAAAGAAAUUUAAUUCAGAUGCAAGACAAUAUACCAAUAGAUGAAAUUAUUCAAAUAAUUAUGAAUUAUUACAAUUCUUUUUCGUUUGUACAACUUCUUGAAAUUAUUGAUGCAUGUUCAUACUUUUCCUCUUCCAAAGAAGAAUUAUUAAAUGAAAAAACAAAAAACAUAGGUAAGGAUCGUUUACAAAAAAGUUUAGCAAAACUGUUGACAAAAAUAGGGAACUAUUUUAUAUCCAUGAAUAUUGGUAAAACGGUUCCUUUUAAGAAUAUUAAAGAGGUAGUUUAUUCAUAUGCAAAAUGUAAAAUAUAUCAUGAGAAACUACUUUUGCAUCUGUAUCCCCCAAUAUUGAAAAGUAUAAAGGGAUACAAUCUAGACAUUAGUAGAAGACAUGAAUUGUGUAAUAAAUACAUGGAAAGAAAUAUUACAUUAGAGGAAGACCAUGAAAGAGAUAUUAUAGUGAAUGGUAUGCAUACGAAUGGGGAGAAACUUAAGCAGACGGAAAGAGUUGAUGAUCAGAAAGUAAUACAUGAAGCUGUAAAAGAUGUAACAACCAUUUUAUAUGCAUACAGUAAAUUUUACAUGUACAUAGAUGAAUUGUAUAAUGAAAUAUUAUUGCUUUUACAACAUGUGUACAAAUAUAUGAACUGUUCAGAAUUAUCACAAUGCUUAAUAUCGUUAUCUAAAUUGCAUUGUAAUAUUAGAAUACUUUUAUCAAAAGUUCAUAUGGAACGAUUUAAUAUUCAGGGAAAUUUGUAUAGAAAUUUUUUUGCUUGUUGUACCCCUUUCGAUUUAAUGAAUUUUCUUUUAAGUUUUAGCAAAAAUUUAUAUUUUGAAAAGGGUGUAUAUGAUGUUAUUGCUGAUCUGCUUAUAAGAGAAAAAAAAAUUUAUUCAUUAGAAGCUGAUGAUUUGAUAAAUAUCAUACAUGCGUAUAGCAAAGUUUAUUAUUUGGAUAGUAAAGUAUUUUCCAUGGUAGAUAAAAUUUUGUGUGAAAGAAUUGAUAAUAAUUCCAAUUAUUUAUCACCCGAACAAGCAAUCAAAUAUUUAAAUUCUUGUGCAAAAUUGUUAUAUAAAAAUGAAAACAUUAUUUAUAAAAUUAUCGAAAUUAUACACAAAAAGAAUUUUAUCAAUAUACAAAUUUUUGAUUUGUUUAAAAUUCUCAAGAGUGCCAAAAGGCUCAACUUGUCAUUCCAACGCUUGGAAACACACAUCAGAAUGCUUGUCCCAAAUCUUACCUUCGAUUUCAGCACGUAUAGAAAUCACUACUACAGAGACCCCAAAGAUCUUCACAUGCGGAAAAAGAAGUGGGUAUGGUAG